CAAGAAGAAUAAGGACAAUUUACAAGUGGAUACAACAAGAUUACCAUUAUUGUUGUUUUUGACUUUUAAUAUCUCUUCGCGUAAAACGAGUUAUUUGUUUGGAGCUUCAAUUCACUAAAUCGCUUUCCAGCACCAGCUUGUCUUGAGAAGCUCCCAGCCACCAUGGUGGUAGUGCAAAGCUACUGUGAGGCCAGCGCUUCCAUCUCCGAAGCCUGGCUGGAGGGCGGCAUCUCGCCCUGCUUCUACUUCACCCUGGUGCCCACCGUCCUGCUUACCCUCUCCUUCUUCUUCGGCGCCUUCCACUGCGUCUGCUACCGCCGCUACGGCACCGAGAUGGAGCCCAAGUUCGUGCCGCGCUCGCGCCUCUACGGCCUCCAACUGGCAGUCUCCCUACUCCUCCUGCUGCAGUUCCUAGGGGGGCUGGUGUGGAGGGCAGCCGGAGGAGGGGAGCUCCCCGGCUAUGUGGUGCUGUACGGCUGCCUGUCCAUGCUGGGCUGGGUCUGGGCAGUGGCCCUGCUAAGGCUGGAGAGGAGGAGGGUGCUGGUGAGGGACCGGACGCGGGGCCACAGCACGGUGCUGCUGCUCUUCUGGGCUGUGGCAUUUUCAGCGGAAAACCUGGCCUUCGUCUCCUGGGCCAGCCCCUACUGGUGGUGGGGCCUGGAGAACACACAGCAGCAGGUGGAAUUUUCUCUGUGGUUGAUGCGCUACAUCGGCACAGGAACACUCUUCUUCCUGGGCCUGAAGGCUCCGGGAUUACCACGGAGACCGUACAUGCUCCUGAUCAACGAGGACGAACGUGACGUGGAGGGCGGCACUGGCCAGCCCCUGUUGGAUGGGGCAGAGGAAUCCCAGUCUACCUGGCAGGACUUUGGGCAGAAGGUGCGUCUGCUGGUGCCCUACAUGUGGCCCAAAGGCAGCAUGCUGUUACAGGGCCUGGUGGUGCUCUGCCUGUGCCUGCUGGGUCUGGAGAGGGUCAUCAAUGUCUUUGUGCCCAUCUACUACAAGAACAUUGUGAAUGAGCUGACUGAUGGAAGCAGCUGGAAGACCUUGGCCACCACUGUGUGUGUCUAUGUCUUGCUCAAGUUCCUGCAAGGUGGAGGGGCAGGUGCGUCUGGCUUCAUCAGUAACCUGCGCUCCUUCCUGUGGAUCCGCGUGCAGCAGUACACCAACCGGGUGGUGCAGGUGCGUCUGUUCGGCCACUUACACUCACUGUCACUGCGCUGGCACCUGGGCCGACGCACCGGGGACGUCCUGCGUAGCAUUGACCGCGGCACCUCCUCCAUCAACAGCCUGCUCAGCUACAUUGUAUUCAGCAUCUUCCCCACCAUCGCAGAUAUCGUCAUCUCCAUCAUCUACUUCAUCACCUACUUCAACGCCUGGUUCGGACUCAUCAUAUUCGUCUGCAUGUUCCUCUACCUCACCCUUACCAUCAUCAUCACGGAAUGGAGGACCAAGUACAGGCGAGACAUGAACACCCAGGACAACAACACAAAGUCCAAGGCUGUGGACUCCCUGCUCAACUUUGAGACGGUGAAGUACUACAACGCAGAGAAUUACGAGGUGAACCGUUUUGAGGACGCCAUCCUGAAGUAUCAGACCUCAGAGUGGAAGACACAAGCUUCUCUGGCCUUCCUAAACCAGACACAGAACCUGAUCAUCGGUUCAGGUCUACUGGCCGGGUCACUGCUCUGUGCCUACUUUGUCCAGGAGGGCAAGUUUAAGGUUGGAGACUUUGUCCUCUUCGGCACCUACAUCAUCCAGCUCUACACCCCUCUCAACUGGUUUGGAACCUACUAUAGAAUGAUCCAGAACUCCUUUAUCGACAUGGAGAGCAUGUUUAAGCUCUUCACAGAGGAAGAGGAGGUGAAGGACAUGGUGAAUGCAGGGAACCUUCUCUAUAAACUGGGAAAAGUGGAGUUUGAGAAUGUGUACUUUAACUACACUGACGGGAAGGAGAUCCUUAAGGACGUAUCAUUCACUGUGCAGCCAGGCCAGACUGUUGCAUUGGUUGGCCAGUCAGGGUGUGGUAAGAGCACCAUCCUUCGCCUGCUCUUCCGUUUUUAUGACGUCCAGGGAGGAUGCAUCCGCAUCGAUGGCCAGGACAUCUCUAAGGUGAAGCAGGUGUCUCUGCGUGCCCACAUUGGCGUGGUGCCCCAGGACACGGUCCUCUUCAACGACAACAUCCGCGACAACAUCCGCUACGGACGAAUCUCUGCCAGCGACCACGAAGUGGAGGAGGCGGCUAUCGCCGCAGACAUUCACGAGAAGAUCCAGACGUUCCCAGAAGGAUACGACACCCAGGUGGGCGAGAGGGGUCUGAAGCUGAGCGGGGGGGAGAAGCAGAGGGUGGCUAUCGCCCGGACCAUCCUCAAGGCCCCUCAGAUCAUCCUGCUCGAUGAGGCCACAUCUGCUCUCGACACACAGACGGAGCGCAACAUUCAGGCGUCGCUCACCAAAGUGUGCUCCAAUCGGACCACCAUCGUCGUGGCUCACAGGUUGUCGACCAUCAUCGGUGCCGACCAGAUUCUUAUUCUAAGUGACGGUCAGAUAGCAGAGCGAGGACGGCAUGAUGAGCUGCUGGCUAAGGGAGGGUUGUACUGUGACAUGUGGAUGAAGCAGCAACAUGCCCAGGACUCAGACUCAGCCUCUGACACAGAAGCCAAAGACAGGAAGUCUGAGAAACUACAGCCCCCAUCAGUCACUGCAGGCCACAGGAGCCACUGAGUAUAGAGUGAGAGGUUCAAGGAUAUGUAGACAUUGUGAGGAGAUGGAGGAGGACGAGAGACGCAGUGAGAGUAUUAGAUACCUCAAAAGGCUGUUUUGUCUGCACUUUUUUCAGGUAUCUGUCCAUCGAGGUUCAUUCGGUCAUGAGUGAAGUUUUAAGCAGAUAUUUAUUGGGUGUUUAAUGUUUGAUCAUUCAAUCAAAAUGUUUGUGCCAUGAAUGCCUCGGGCCAGUUGUUUUUAAGUGUAUUCAGUAUCGUGUUCAUUAGGUUAACAGAAAAUGUUUUAAAACGUUUUAAAAUCUAAAAUUAGUGUUUCUUAUUGGACAAGUCCAGGAAGUCCCUCCUUAUUGCAGUCUGUUUUGAUCAGUUUUCUGCGUAAUUAAUCUCACUUGUUCCACCGCAAUUUUUUGAAAUUGAGUCAAAUGCUCGUUAACAUGUCGGAAAAGAUACAAGAACGAGUAGCAGAAGCAGGGCGGUAGCUCCCUCCCACACAAACUCUUUCUGCAAGUUACGGGCAAGUCUAGGGGCCAAAUGUCCCCUCUUCCAAAAUGUGAAAGAUAUGAACACCUGCAAAAUCCUAAUUUAUCCAAAUAAUCAGUGGCAAAAAUCUGUGCACCUCGCUGUUGUCGCAUCCCACAGUCUGUUGACAUACACUACGAUACCAGUUCUGUUACAUGCUUCUGUCCACGAGAGAUUAUUGCCUAAUGAACAUGACCAGGACUCAGUAUAAUUUGUCCUCUUGCUGUCUGAAGUCGGUUGACUGCAGCCGUCCAGAGAAGUGGCCAAAGUAGACUAAUACCUACCCUUAAGCGCAGGUAUAGGCAGUUUGGCACAGUGUCUCACAAAACUUUGAAUUGUUGACUAAUGUUUAGGGGUUGACGAAUGUAUUAGUUUUAUUUACAGCAUCUAGAGAUAAUUUUAUUUUUACUAUACCCACUUUAAGCUUAUUUUUUUAGCUAUUAUACAAGCAAUAGACUUACAUUAUACUUUAUAGACUAAUGAAACGAUUCAGACCGAAUUUAAUGUUUAAACAAAGAAAUCUGUUGCACUCUUAAAAAAAAAGAAUUAUAAGUACAAAGGUAUGUGUAUGAGAACUUCAACUUUAAAAUUUUAAUUUGGUUAUUAGUAAAACAGAUAUUUAGUCUGUGUUUGGUCUGUUUCACAUCCAAGCUGCAUCAAUUUUACCCCAAUCAGACUCGGGUCUAGGUGUUGACUGAUGCAUGCCAAAUUAUCCUGUAAAUUGUAUUUGUCACCAAUGGUGAUCAAUAAGAACUACUGGCAGUAUAUUAAAGAGAACAGAAUCGGUAGAAUUGACUAAAUUCACAGCGGAAACGCAAACCUUUCUCUAUGAAUGAACUCAGAAUCCGCAAGCCUGUCUGUGCUGCUACCCGUUUUGAGUAAAGAACUACUGUAAGUGUAUCUUUAUUUUAAUGGAAGAAAUAUGUCUGUAUUUGAAUUUGUUAAUAUCUAUGCCUUGCAUUCCCAAGGCAGUGUGGAGUUUGUCAAUAUCUGUUGAUAAUAAUCAUACUCCAUUUACAGUACGUAUUGUCAAAUUCUGUUUAAUUUAUUUUUAAAAAGGACCAUAAGGGAAGAUCUAGCCAUUUAGCUGAACUUGAGUUAUUUGAGAGAGAAUGUGGACUUUACACUACCGUUCAAAUGUUUGGGGUCACUUAGAAAUGUCCUUGUUUUUGAAAGAAAAGCUCAUAUUUUUGUCCAUUUAAAUAACAUCAAAUUGAUUAGAAAUCAAAUUGAUCAGAAAUACAGUUAAUGUUGUAAAUGACUAUUGUCGCUGGAAACGGCAGAGUUUUUAAAAAAAAUGGAAUAUCUACAUAGGCGUACAGAGGCCCAUUAUCAGCAACCAUCACUCCUGUGUUCCAAUGGCACAUUGUGUUAGCUAAUCAAAGUUUAUCAUUUUAAAAGGCUAAUUGAUCAUUAGAAAACCAUUUUGCAAUUAUGUCAGCACAGCUGAAAACUGUUGUUCUGAUUAAAGAAGCAAUACAACUGUACUUCUUUAGACUAGUUGAGUAUCUGGAGCAUCAGCAUUUGUAUGUUCGAUUACAGGCUCAAAAUGGCCAGAAACAAAUAAUUUUCUUCUGAAACUUGUCAGUCUAUUCUUGUUCUGAGAAAUGAAGGCUAUUCCAUGCGAGAAAUUGCCAAGAAACUGAAGAUCUCGUACAACACUGUGUACUACUCCCUUCACAGAACAGCGCAAACUGGCUCUAACUAGUUAUGUGACUUCUGAAGGUAAUUGGUUACACCAGAUUUUAUUUAGGGGCUUCAUAGCAAAGGGGGUGAAUGCAUAUGCAUGCACCACUUUUCUGUAAUUUUAAGACAUUUGUUUUCACUUCACCAAUUUGGACUAUUUUGUGUAUGUCCAUUACAUGAAAUAAAAAUAAAAAUACUUUUAAAUUACAGGUUGUAAUGCAACAAAAUUGGAAAAAUGCCAAGGGGGAUGAAUACUUGUGCAAGGCACUGUACAGCACUGUGUACUACUCCCUUCACAGAACAGCGCAAACGGACUCUAAACAGAGUAGAAACGAGUGGGAGGCCCCGGUGCACAACUGAGCAAGAGGACAAGUACAUUAGUGUCUAGUUUGAGAAACAGAUGCCUCACAAGUCCUCAACUGGCAGCUUCAUUAAAUAGUACCCGCAAAACACCAGUCUCAACUUCAACAGUGAAGAGGCGACUCCGGAAUGCUGGACUUCUUGGCAACGUGUCAUUGGAACACAGGAGUGAUGGUUGCUGAUAAUGGGCCUCUGUACACCUAUGUAGAUAUUCCAUAAAGAAUCUACCGUUUCCAGCGACAAUAGUCAUUUACAACAUUAACAAUGUCUACACUGUAUUUCUGAUCAAGUUGAUGUAAUUUUAAUGGACAAUUAUUAUAAUUUUUUUCAAAAACAAGGACAUUUCUAUGUGACCCCAAACUUUUGAAUGUUAGUGUUUAUCUACGUGAAGUCCUUAGGGUUACAGGUUUGGGGUUGAAUCAGAAUUGGAAACUGCAUUAAUCAAGGGGAAGUGAAAACUGACAUACUUAACAUCCAUAUAGUGCACAGCGGACUUUACAUCAUGAAAAGCUGUCGGACUGUGAAAUAAUUAGAUGAAUCGCAAUGCAUUUGAGCAUUUGUGACUGCAGAAGUAAUACCAAAGAGUGGUUCUGCUAGCAAAUCACUGCUCUACCACUACAGCAGUCAGUAGUUUGUAGGUGUACAAUGCACAAACUGUUGCAUUCAAAUUACUUACACGAAUGCACCAUGAGUUUGAAAUGUUCUGUGACAUUGACACCACAGGAGGUUGGUGGCACCCUAACUGGGGAGAACGGGCUUGUGGUAAUGGCUGGAGCAGAAUCAGUGGAAUGGUAUCAAAUAUAUCACUAUUGGUUUCCAUGUGUUUGAUGCCGCUGCAUUUGCACUGUUCCAGCUAUUCCUUUUGAGCAGGCCUCCCCUCAGCAGCCUCCACUGAUUGACACAGAGAAAAAUGUGUUUGUUUUGUCUUAUAUGUUAAUAAAGGGUAUAAUUAAAGGUG